AUGGCCCUUCUGUUCUGUUUCUGCAAUAACCCUCCAUUUUCGUGCACAUCGCAACGAUUUGUCGUAACGGCCACCAGCAGUACAACGAUAGAGCAAUCAGCGGUAGCUACGACGUCAGUAGUCGCGUCAGCUACUACCACCAGCGACAGUGGUCCUACGCUGUUGCCGCUGUCGCACGCUCUAGGUAGCACUCUAGAGUCUGUCGUAGCCAAUCCCGAAACGGAUGACGACUCUUCACUAAGGGGACUCAAACGUUCUCCGGGAAUGAUGAUUCCAUCGGACGUCUUCAGCGGUGCUAAAGUACAUCAAGUGCAACCGCCAGAAUCGAAGAGUAGCGUUCGCGCAGAAGUCCCCGCUGGGACUCAAACGCUCUCCGGGAAUGAUGAUCCCAUCGGACGUCUUCAGCGGUGCUAA